CAUGAGGCUGAACGUGUGGAGCAGGAGGCGCGUGGCCGAUUGGAACGACAGAAGAUCGAGGAUGAAGCUGCAGCGGAAGAAGCUCGGCGGGGUCUUCUGGAAACCCGAGUCCAGCUGGCUGCAUUAGAGAGUACGGGACAAGCCAAAGCGGAAGCACAAGGUCGUGCAGAAGCUGCUCGGAUCGAAGCUGAGACAGCUGUGGAGAACGCUAGACUACGUGCACAGGCUCUUGCUAUCGAAACG